AUGCUGGGGAUCGUGGCCGCAUCCUCAGCUGUCCAUGCCGUCGCCGUUGGCGCCGUCACCCCGGUGGUGGCUUUCGGACUGGCCGUCGUCAUGUUCGCCGGCGUCUCCAUGGAAGCUUUAAGAGAUUGGAAUCUUGAUCAGAAGCAUUUCAGCUUGACAUCUGUCAAUGCAAUUAGAAGGGAUGAGGGUACCUCAAAGCUGAUGGACUUGCUCAUCCAAAGAAAAUGCCUUCCUAUUAGAGGUGAACUGUACAAUGUUGCUUGUGUGGAUGAUGUGCUUAACAGCAUUGUUUCAAAAGGGCAACCAGUGCUUCACCAUGUCGGUGACAUACUAGAGAAAUUUAUUCAGGUACAAAUGUCCUCAUCGCUGACUCGGCAGCAACUUUUAGAAGUUGUUACACAUAUUGGAUUGAAGUGCCCACAGGAGGAUGCGAAAUGGUGGCAUAAAAUUUACUUCAGGCUUGAAGUUUUUCUGCAUUUCAAGAAGGCAUUCCCCUCAGAAGAAUUGUUAUCUGCAGAAGAUAGUAAAACUGUGGAAUCUGUUUGCAGGAUACUGAGGGGUUUUUAUCGUGCUGUUGAAGUAAUUUCUGGUCCUGUUUGCCCCACAGCAAAUAUAUACUUCAAUGAACUAUGGAAAGUUAGAACAACUUUGCAAGAAGAAGCAUCCUCUGAUCACACUGAACUUGCUAACAUGGUUUGGGUGAUGCAAGAAGCGUUCAAUGAGUAUUGGCAAAGUUCAUACUUGUGGCUGUCAAUACCUGUUGUUCUUGAUCCGAGAUUCAAAAUUACUUUUGUUGAGUUCCGUCUAAAGCGAGCUUUUGGUACUGAUGCAGAGAAGUAUGUAUCUGCCGAGGCCGACGUGCGCGCGCUCGGCGGCUGCUUGCGCUUCUGGCGCACCACCUGCGACGCCGACUGCGUCUGGGAGCACCUCUUCCGCUGCCGCUGGCCGGCCGCCGCGGCGGAAGUGGCGGUGGCGUCCCGUGUGCAGAAUUCGAACCUCGAGCUGUACAUCUUCGGGGCUUCUAGUAUCAAUGUAUCAUCCUGCCUUUAG